CUCUUCUUAGGUAGAGAGAGAUAUACCUUUUAUUUAUAGCUUAAUUUCUCUCUUCCAUUUUACAAGUGAGAAGAGUGUGCAAAAACUAACCAAAACCUUAAAACAUAAUGGGAAGAGCACCUUGUUGUGCAAAAGUUGGAUUGCAGAAGGGUCCAUGGACUACUAAAGAAGAUGCAUUGCUUACAAAGUAUGUUCAAGCUCAUGGUGAAGGCAAAUGGAAAUCACUUCCCAAAAAAGCUGGACUUCUUAGAUGUGGAAAAAGUUGUAGACUUAGAUGGGUGAAUUAUCUUAGACCGGAUAUAAAGAGAGGAAACAUAACUCCAGACGAAGAUGAUCUUUUAAUAAGGUUACAUUCACUUCUUGGUAAUAGAUGGUCACUUAUAGCCGGAAGAUUACCGGGAAGAACGGACAAUGAAAUAAAAAAUUAUUGGAACACUCAUCUUCUUAAAAAGAUUCAAAGAAAUCAACAACAAACAUGUGAUGUUAAAAUAGAUUGCGAUGAACAACAGCAACAACAAUCCAAGAAAAACAACAACAUCAAGAAGAAGGACAACAAUAACAACAAGAAAAAGAAAAGUGACAUGAAAAAAGAUGCAAAAAAUGAUAAUCAUCAAGUGGAAGAGAAAAUUAAAGUUUAUUCACCAAAACCCAUUAGACUAAAGGCUUCAAAUUUACCAAGAAGAGAUAGUGAUAAUUCAUUAUUUACUUUUGAAUCAAAUUCAUCAAUUGGUAGCCAAGAAAAAGAAGGAACAGAACAACAUGUGAGGAACAGAACAACAUGUGAUAAUGUUGUUUUUGAGGUUGGUGUGAAUGGUGAAAAUGAAUUUGUUAACGCUGACAUGUUAGAUAUUGAAUGCGAAUCAUAUUUCGACACGUGUGGUGUUGUUGAUCAUGGAAAACUAGAGAGACUCUAUGAUGAAUAUUUGCAACUUUUGAGCAUGGAAGAUUGGAAUUACGAGUUUGAUGCUUCUUUUGCUCAAUCCUUCUUUGAUUCAAGCAGUGAUAUUAAUAUUUAAAUAUUGUAUAUCUUCUCAAUCGUGAUAUUUAAAAUCUAGCUAUGUAAUUUAAUUGUAUUAUUGUCGUCUCGUCUUUGAUUCCUUCACUAUGAUUCUUUUUUUUUUUUUUAAAGAAA